AUGACUUUGCCUGAAUCUAGGGAUUUUUCCUACUUAUACUCUGAAGAAACUAAAGCACGUAAACCUUCUCCAUUAAAGACAUGUAUUCAUUUAUUCUCUGAUCCAAAUAUUAUCUUCUUAGGUGGUGGUUUACCAUUAUCUGAUUAUUUCCCAUGGGAAGAUCUUGAAGUUAAUUCUCCAAAACCACCUUUCCCAAAUGGUAUUGGUGCACCAAUUACCGGAGAAAAUGUUAUGCAAUCUCAUAUUACUAAAUUAGAAAAACUUCAUGAAGGUGAUAUUCCAUUAGCUCGUUCUUUACAAUAUGGUUUAUCUCAAGGUCAACCUGAAUUAUUAAAUUUCUUAAGAGAACAUAAUAAAUUAAUUCAUGAUAUGCAUUAUGAAGAUUGGGAUGUUUUAGCUACCGCUGGUAACACUAAUGCUUGGGAAUCUACUUUAAGAGUCUUUUGCAACCGUGGUGAUGUUAUCUUAGCGGAAGCUCAUUCUUUCUCUUCUUCAUUAGCUGCUGCUCAAGCUCAAGGUGUUACUACUUUCCCUGUUCCAAUUGAUGAAAACGGUAUAAUUCCAGAAAAAUUAGAAAAGAUUUUAGAUAAUUGGACUGAAGGUGCUAAAAAACCAAAAUUAUUAUAUACUAUUCCAACUGGUCAAAAUCCAACUGGUACUUCACUUGAUGAUGAUAGAAAACAUGAAAUUUAUAGAAUUGCACAAAAACAUGAUUUCUUAAUUAUUGAAGAUGAACCUUACUAUUUCUUACAAAUGGGUGAAUAUAUUAAAGAUUUAACCAUUAGAAAAAAUAAAUCCACCAAUGUUAAAUUGGUUCAUGAUGAAUUCUUAAAGUCUUUAGCCAAAACUUUCUUAUCUAUUGAUACUGAAGGUCGUGUCAUUAGAAUGGAUUCUUUCUCUAAAGUCUUAGCACCAGGUACCAGAUUAGGUUGGAUUACUGCCUCUAAGAAGUUAUUAAAACCUUACUUAUCACUACAUGAAAUGACUAUUCAAGCUCCUUCCGGUUUCUCUCAAUCAUUAAUUUCUGGUCUAUUGAACAGAUGGGGACAAAAAGGUUACUUGGACUGGUUACUAGGUUUACGUCACGAAUACACUAUUAAGCGUGAUAAUGCUAUUGAUGCUUUAUACGAGUAUGUUCCACAAAACCCCGCUUUCACCAUCAACCCACCUAUUGCCGGUAUGUUCUUCACUGUUAACAUUGAUGCUUCUGUUCACCCUGAAUUUGCCACCACUUAUAAGUCUAAUCCAGCUGCUGUCGAACAACAUUUAUACGAAAAGGUUAUAGAAAGUGGUCUAUUAGUUGUUCCAGGUGCUUGGUUUAUCACUGAAGGUAACACCGUCCCAGCUCAACCAGCUUCUUCUACUGAAAAUAACACUCCAAAUGAAAUUUUCUUUAGAGGUACUUACGCUGCUGUCUCUGCAGAAAAAUUGAGAGAAGGUCUAAAGAGAUUGGGCGAUAUGCUUCACAAGGAAUUCCAAGUUUAA